AUGACAUAUGGUGAAAACUGUGCACUCAAGUGUGGAUUUUGUCUGGCCGGAUUGGGAUGUGACACUGUUAGUGGAGCAUGUGCAGAGGGUUGUGAUACUGGAUAUCAAGGAUUUUACUGCAAUGAAAAAUGUAUGGCCAUGACGUAUGGUGAAAACUGUGCAUUGAAGUGUGGACAUUGUCUGACCGGAUCAGGAUGUGACUCUGUUAGCGGAGCAUGCGCAGAGGGUUGUGAUCCGGGAUAUCAAGGAUUUUACUGCAACGAAAUUUGCAAUAACAAAACCUUUGGUAGAAAUUGCAGUGGAAUAUGUGGUCACUGCCGUAAUGAUACAGCUUGUGUUCCGUUCAGCGGAUCCUGUGACUCCGGCUGUGAAGCUGGGUAUAAAGGAUUGACCUGCACUGAGACUUGUGGACUUUGUCGUGAGAACACUGACUGUGAUCAGUUCAAUGGAACGUGUCUAAAUGGGUGUCAGGACGGAUACCAAGGAGAAAUCUGCAAUGAAACAUGUAAUAUCGGUUAUUAUGGAGAAGACUGCCAUUUAAGAUGUUAUGAACACUGCGCAGAAUCUACAUCCAUGACCAUGACCACUUGUCAUCACGUGACAGGUGAAUGUCUGAUUGGUUGUAAAGAUGGCUGGAUAGGGAAACAUUGUGAAACAGCUUGUUUUAAUGGAACUUUUGGAAAGAACUGUGCUUGGAAAUGUAAUGAAUGGUGCGCAGGUGAAUCACAGAAGUGUGACCCACGUGACGGAUUGUGUAUAAAUGGUUGUAUACCUGGGUUUAGUGGAUCGCACUGUAAUAUGUAUUGUGAUCAAGGAAGCUAUGGUGAGAGAUGCUUAAAGUCCUGCGAAAAAUGUUUUUUAAAAGAUUGCCAUCAUAUAACAGGGCACUGUGCUCAUUCCGAACCCCUCUGUGAGGAUGGAUAUAGGGGAGAAAAAUGUGACAAAGAAUGCGAACCUUGUACAUUUGGACCUGACUGUCGGUACAACUGUAGUAAUCAGUGUUUCAAUGGCAAAUGUAUAUUGGAAUCAAAAGACAUUAAAGAUGAUACCUCACAGAGGGACAACAAAGAGUUUUUUGAGGAUUUUCUACCGAUCAUUGGUGGUGUUGUAUCUCCAUUCCUCAUUAUUCUGACAAUAAUAACAGCAUACAGAAUAGGAAAAUGCUGCAAGAGACCAAAAAGAAGACCACAUAAUUGAAAGCUUUAUAUUUGCUGAAAAGUGGGGUAUAUCCAUAAACAUGGACAUUUUGCGUUCAAACUCUU